CUCCCCCGCUCUUCACUCGCAGUCCUUGCCAAUGGCAUCCUCAGGCCUGGCAGGGGAUCUGAAGGCCGUGCUGGGGGGCCAGGGGCUGCCGGUGCUGGACUAUGACUCUGUGCCCUCAAAGGGCCCACCUGUGCCUGCACAGCUCAGGAAGAAUGUCUCCUAUAUCGUGCUGGCUGUCUUCUUCAACAACCAGGGUGAAGUGUUAAUGAUCCAGGAAGCCAAAAGAGAGUGCCAUGGAUCUUGGUACCUGCCUGCUGGGAGGAUGGAGGCUGGAGAAACCAUUCUGGAGGCACUGAGACGGGAGGUGAAGGAGGAGGCAGGUCUGGAGUGUGAGCCAUUGACACUGCUGGCAGUGGAAGAGCGAGGUCCCCGAUGGAUCCGCUUUGCUUUUCUUGCCCAGCCCACAGGUGGGAUCCUGAAGACUACUGAGGAGGCAGAUGAGGAGUCCCUGCAAGCUCGAUGGUACCCUCAAGCCUCCUUGCCCACUCCACUUCGUUCCCAUGACAUCCUGCCUCUCAUAAGACUGGGUUCCCACUAUUAUGAGAAAGCUAGAUACCCUUCUAUUCUGCCCCAAGAACUUCCCUGCAAGCUUAUCUGCCAGCGGCUCAUAGCAGCCUUUGCCAGUGCCAAGAAUAUCUGGGUGCUGGCAGGUACAGUGGGCAGUCUCCAUUUGCCCAUCACAGCCUGUGGACCUACCCUAUCAGACCAGAAUGGUAGCCUAAUGGUGUCUAUGUUUCGACUCCUAAAAGAGUGCUUGGCACUGCCCCAGCUAACAGUGAAGACCCAGGGGAUAGUGGGGCUGCAACAUCUGGGCAAGAACCAUGCUGAUGGUAUCUGCCUGAAUGUACUGGUAACAGUGGCCCAUAAAAACCCAGGUGUCCUGGACAAACCACCUGAGAUUCGAGGAAACAACUUCUCCUGGUGGCAGGUAGAAGAGGAAGGCUUGCGAAGUCACCUCCUACAGAGACUUCAAGAAGUGUCUGUUGUACCCAUCCACAGCUGAGCUGCUGGGAAAUGAGCACGUGUUUAGACACUGAUGCCAUUCAGCCAUGAUUUUGAAUCUUCUAGGUUGCCUGAGCCCACAGUGAUCUUCCUGAGGGCAGAUAAGGGCCUUUGGUUCUCAGGCCACCAUCUUUUUUCCAGCCUAUAGUGCUGCCUUUUGCUUGCCAAAAAGGACAAUGACUGAACUUGGGCAGAGAGUUCAGAGCCCAAUGCCUGGUCACCAAAGACAGAUUGAAAGCCUGCUCAUAUUAGAGCCUGAGACUAUUAAAAUGGCCUGGCUGCAGAUGGAAGUCAUGCCUACUAAUCUCUAGUGACCAUUUUGCCAAUGGUCAACACCUUUAACUUCUUGCACAGUGUUGAAGACUGUGUCAGCCAGUAGAAGGAUAAAAUGGAGGCCUCCCAGUGCUGCAGGGUGCCCUCUUUCUGAAUAAAUGGGUGUCUGACCAUAUCGUUGCCCUGCUCAAUGACAGCUCUAUAUGAACUCCUACCCCUGGUACCUAUGGCCUUCUACAACCUGACUUGUUCUUAAGCUUCUAGCCUUAUUUCAUACUUACUCCAUUCAUGAAGCCUACAUUCCCACCAAACCAGACUACUAGCUAUGAUGGCACUCAUCUCCCCUGUGUUUUUAUAUGAACUUGGAGUGCCCUUUAUAUCUAGUUCCUGGGAUCUUUGACUACUUCAUGGAUAAGCUCAGGUGCCACUUCCCUGUGAAGUAGUUACUGGCUCUCUCCCACCCCACUCCCAAGUUAAUUCUUUCAUUUACCUUGUAUUAAGCUUCUGUGUCUGUCCACAUGGUAGAAAUGUAAGCUCCUUGAAGGUAGGGACCUUUGCCAUGUUCCCUUAUAUCCAAACAUACACAUAGUAUAUAAGUGCUUAAUAAAUGUUGAAUCAAA